AUGAAUUUGGAUUGUGAAUGUGCUGGAGUCAAUCUUUACAUCUCACUCCUGACAAAGGAUCUACGUUUCGUGUAUGUAAAGGCGAUGAUCGCAGGAGGCAGCGAUGCCCCGACGGUAACCGUGAUAUGGGCAAUCUCGCCGAUGCUGAACAACCUUCCCAUCCUGAAGAAAGCUCAGGAAGAGCUCGACGUUCGGAUCGGCAAGCAGAGGCAUGUGGAAGAAGCGGACAUCGCCGGCCUAACCUAUCUCCAGGCCGUAGUGAAGGAGACCCUCCGUUUACAGCCAACGAUCCUGCUCUCUCCGCCACACCUGUUUAGUGAGGACUGCACCAUCGGCGGGUAUCACGUGCGCAGGGGCACACAGCUGAUCGUGAAUGUCUCAAAAAUCCACACCGACCCCAGGACAUGGCCAGACCCACAGGAGUUCAGGCCCGAGAAAUUCUUGAGCAACCACAAGGACGUCGGUGUGCUGGACUCGAACUUCGCACUCCUGCCAUUUGGGGGUGGCAGGGGAAUCUAUCCCGAAACGUCUUUUGGACUCCACACGGUGCAUUUCCUACUAGCUAGGUUCUUAAUGCAUUUAAGAUAUUGA